AUGUCAUACGCUUAUCUCUUCAAGUACAUCAUCAUCGGCGACACUGGAGUAGGGAAAUCGUGCCUGUUGCUGCAAUUCACGGACAAGAGAUUCCAGCCAGUGCAUGACCUCACCAUUGGUGUCGAAUUUGGGGCUCGUAUGAUCACUAUUGACAACAAGCCUAUCAAGCUUCAAAUUUGGGACACAGCGGGUCAAGAAUCCUUUAGAUCUAUCACCAGGUCUUAUUACAGAGGUGCUGCUGGCGCUUUGCUUGUCUAUGAUAUUACCAGGAGGGAAACUUUUAAUCACUUGGCUAGCUGGCUGGAGGAUGCAAGGCAGCAUGCCAAUGCAAACAUGACCAUUAUGCUCAUUGGUAAUAAAUGUGAUCUUGCUCAUAGAAGGGCCGUCAGCACUGAAGAAGGUGAACAGUUUGCAAAGGAACAUGGCUUGAUCUUCAUGGAGGCCUCUGCCAAAACUGCUCAGAAUGUCGAGGAGGCUUUUAUUAAAACAGCUGCAACAAUAUAUAAGAAGAUUCUGGAUGGAGUUUUUGAUGUAUCAAACGAGUCUUACGGGAUAAAAGUUGGAUAUGGAGGAAUUCCGGGGCCAUCAGGAGGCAGGGAUGGCGUUUCUACUCAAGGUGGAGGCUGUUGCAAUUGA